GAGCAGGUGUGCGACGCGGGGUGCUUGCGGGCCCGUGAGCCGGGGCAGCCGGCGGCAGCGGGGGAAACCCGCGCGCGACGUUGACACGACGGUGCCAGAACGCGCGUGCUGUGCGUCUGGGGCGAGACCCCGAGCUCUGGAGCCUGAAAGGCUGGGAUCAGUUCCCGCUCUGUCACCUGUUAGGUGGCCUGGGUGAGUCUGCUUUCUCACCUGGGAACGAGGAUGUCCAGGUUUCAGCUUCUUGCAACAAAGUAGCCCUUGUGAAGUAGGAAGAAGGGCCCCUCUGUGCACAAUAGUUUUACCUGGAAGAGAAACCUCUCUGACUUAAGCUCUUUCUCCAGAGCUUCAGAGCAAGAGACAAGAUCCCAAGAAGAAGCAGAUCCUAGAUUUGCAUGAUCAGAAGCAGUUCUUGUUCCUCCUGCCCAGGAUGCUGUGCUGCUGUCACAUGUCUGACACCACAUGUGACUCUAAUGAGUUUAUCCUGGCUUCAGAGAAUCCCAGAAUGAUAAUACAUGUGGGAGUUAGUUAUAUUUCUGACUCUGGAAGUUUUAAAACAUUGGAUACAGAAGUCUCAGUGACUUUCCAAGGGAUGCCUAGUUGGUGACAGGAGAUAAAAAUAGUACAGUUCACUCACAGGAGCCUCAGAAAAAUGAAUACAUCUCAGGCCUCAGUAUCGUUCAAGGACGUGACUGUGGAACUCUCCCAGGAGGAGUGGCAGCACAUGGGCCCUGCCCAGAGGACCCUGUACAGAGAGGUGAUGCUGGAGAACUACAGCCACCUGGUCUCCGUGGGGUUCUGCUUUACCAAACCAGAACUGAUCUUCACGUUGGAACAAGGAGAAGAUCCGUGGUCAUUAGAGAAAGAAAAAGGAUUCCUAAACUGGAGUUCCCCAGAAGACUCACAACCUGAUAAAGUCUCAGAAAAGAGCCCAGAAAAUCAAGGCAAACGUUUGUGGCAAGUUUUGUUCCCCAACAGAUCAUUGACUACAGAGCAAGAAAUUCCAGAGAAACCAUGUAACCUGGAAAUAAAUAUUUUCCCUACAAGAAUGAUGCCUUAUCGGUGUAUUGCUUCUGGGCCUACUUACCCAAGCCUCAGCCUUUUGGCCUCACGCUGUCAGUAUUCAAGAGGAAAGACUUGUGAGCUUAACUUGUAUGAGAGGUGGCUCCUCGGUAUUAAAGGUCACCCAACUAAUCUUGGAGAGGAGUCUUUUGUUUGCAGUAAGAAUGUGAGAGCUCUCCAUCGUAAGGAGGAAGUUAUUCAGCCUCAGACAAUUCAGAAUUUGGGGCAGGAUUUUCAAUAUAAAGAACGUGGUAAAAUUUUACUUGAAAAGGCCGCCCUCAUUACUUCUCCUGUGGUCCACCAAAAGGUGAAAUCGUAUAAAUUCAGUACAUUUGGAGAAAACCAAGGUGACAGAUCCACCUUUUUCAUCUCCAAGAGCAUUCACCCAAAGGACAAGAGUCACUAUGAGCUUAAUGAAAGCAGGAAUAGUUUCAGUAGGACCACCCAAAGAACCAACACAGGAGGAAAACCCUUUGGCCACAAAUCCCACAUUAGAGGACAGCAGAGAAUUCACUUUGAGGUGAAGCACUUUGAAUAUGAAAAAAAUUUCAGCCAUAAUUCACCCCCACAGGUACAUCAGAGAACUCACACAACAGAUAAACCCGCUGACCUUAACACGUGUGUAGAAACAUUCAGCUGCCAAUCAACUUUUAGUGAGCAUCCAAGAACCCACAUAAGGGUGAAACCCUGUGAGGGUGAUGCAUGUGGGAAAUCCUGCUCUACGAAUUUACUCCUGAUUUGGCCUCAGAAAAGUCAGAGUGGGGAGAAACCCUAUGAAUGUCCUGACUGUGGGAAAGCUUUCGGUGAGAAGGCACGCCUAAGGAAACAUCAGAGAACUCACACAGGAGAGAAGCCAUACAAAUGUGACGGAUGUGAGAAGUCUUUCAGUGCAAAGUCAGGCCUCAGAAUCCAUCAAAGAACCCACACAGGGGAGAAACCCUUCGAAUGUCAUGAAUGUGGGAAGUCUUUCAACUAUAAGUCAAUCCUCAUAGUACACCAGAGAACGCACACGGGAGAGAAACCCUUUGAAUGCAGUGAAUGUGGCAAAUCUUUCAGCCACAUGUCAGGCCUUAGGAAUCACCGGAGAACUCAUACAGGGGAGAGACCAUAUAAAUGUGAUGAGUGUGGGAAAGCUUUCAAACUGAAGUCAGGCCUAAGAAAGCACCACCGAACACACACAGGGGAGAAGCCCUACAAAUGUAAUCAGUGUGGAAAAGCUUUUGGACAGAAAUCACAGCUUAGAGGGCACAACAGAAUUCACACGGGGGAGAAACCCUAUACCUGCAGUCACUGCGGGGAAGCGUUCAGUCAGAAAUCAAACCUCAGAGUACAUCACAGAACUCAUACUGGGGAGAAACCCUAUAAAUGUGAUGAAUGUGGGAAAACAUUCAGGCAGAAAUCAAAUCUCAGAGGACACCAGAGAACUCACACAGGGGAGAAGCCCUAUGACUGUAAUGAAUGUGGAAAAGCUUUUAGUGAGAAGUCAGUCCUGAGAAAGCACCAGCGAACUCACACGGGGGAGAAACCCUACACCUGUGCUCAGUGUGGGGAAGCUUUCAGUCAGAAAUCAAAUCUCAGAGUACAUCAGAGAACUCACACAGGAGAGAAACCUUACAAAUGUGAUAGAUGUGGGAAAACUUUCAGCCAGAAAUCAAGCCUCAGAGAACAUCAGAAAGCCCAUGCAGGAUUAAAUCUGUAUGAGUGCACCAAUUGUGGAAAGUCUUCCUUUGAGAAGUCAGCCCUGGAGGAACACAAUAAAUUUAACACUGCUAUGAAACCCUAUAGAUGUAGUGAAUGUGGGAAAUCCUUUUGUCAGAAAGGCCAUCUCAUUCAGCACCAGAGAACUCACACAGGAGAGAAACCAUUUGAAUGUAAUGAAUGUGGAAAAACUUUCUCCCAAAAGUCCCACCUCAAUACACAUCAAAGAAUUCACACAGCAGAGAAACCCUAUAAGUGUAAUGAAUGUGGGAAGACAUUUGUCCAAAAGUCAACCCUCAGGGGACAUCUGAGAAUCCACACAGGAGAGAAACCCUAUGAAUGUAUUGAGUGUGGGAAAACUUUUGUUCAGAAGUCGACCCUCAGAGAUCAUCACAGAAUUCACACAGGGGAGAAAUCCUUUCAUUGUAAUGAAUGUGGAAAAACUUUUGGCCAGAAAUCUAACCUUAGAAUACAUCAAAGAACUCAUAGUGGGGAGAAGACAUACCAGUGUAAUGAAUGUGAAAAAUCCUUCUGGCGCAAAGAUCAUCUCAUUCAACAUCAGAAAACUCACACAGGAGAGAAACCAUUUCAGUGUAAUGAGUGUGGGAAAACCUUUGCCCGGACAUCAACCCUCAGAGUGCAUCAGAGAAUUCAUACUGGGGAGAAACCAUUUAAAUGUAAUGAGUGUGGGAAAAAGUUUGUACGGAAAGCAAUCCUUUGUGAUCAUCAGAGAAUUCAUACAGGGGAGAAACCCUUUCAGUGUAAUAAAUGUGGGAAGACGUUUGGGCAGAAAUCAAACCUCAGAAUACAUCAGAGAAUUCACAGUGGGGAGAAAGCUUAUGAGUGCAGUGAGUAUGGGAAAGUGUAUAAGUCAACUCUAUGUCAGAGAACUCAGGGAGGAAGGAAACUCUAUUGA